UUAAAUGAAUGCAUUUGCAUGUGUGGGGGGAGUGCAUUCCAGUUGCCUGGUGGCAGAGCAGCUGAAGGCCCGGACACCCACGGCGGAGAGGCGGAAUGGGGGAUUGACAAGCGGAAUGGGGGAUUGACAAGGAGACCAGCAGAGUUGAAGCGGAGGGAGGAUAGGCUGGGAGAAGGUCAGAGAGAUUGGACUGGGUUGGAUGAGGAUGAAGAUGCCCACGUGUGGGAAGACAACUGGGAUGAUGACAAUGUAGAGGACGACUUCUCUAAUCAACUAAGAGCGGAGCUGGAGAAACAUGGGUACAAGAUGGAGACGUCGCAGUAGCCGCUGAGUCCACACGGCUGUUGAGAUUGGAUAGGGAUGGACUUGAUGUUUUUUAUAUUUAUAACAUACUUAAAAUGGAGGAUGUUUAACAUGCUAAACUCGCACACAUUUUUGUACGAAACCUUAGCAAGAAUAAGGUGUUUCAUGAGUAAAUCCCCCAUCAGAGUUAUGUAGACAUUAAAGAUGGUUCUGUUCAAGUA